GAGAUAGCAGGCGGGCCGCGGUCGGCGGCGCGUCGCCUCAGUAUCGCGUUAGUAUCCGGCCGGGCCGCACACGGCAUGCCGCUCCAUCGCUCCGAGCGGUCGCGCAACCGAACACGCUCUCGAUAACUCGCACUCGUUCACAGAGAUACGCGUCGGUGGGAAAUGUUACUGGUGUACAUUACCUUCCCUGUGCGAUGUCGAUUUACACCAAUAAUACCAGUGUUCAGUUAUACGAGUUAGAGUUACAAUAACCGCAAGUGAACACGAUCCAGUUGGAAACUGUAGGAAAGUGACACGGCCGUUGGGAAACUAGCGCGGUUUUGAAAAACAACGCUUUUGUGUGAACUGUACGGCGAGUGUCACUACUGACGGCUCAAAAUAUAACCGAAAGUGAUAUUACCUUUGACGGAUACAAAAAGUGCUUCCGAUCCGAUCGCCGGCCGUACGCACUUACAAUUUGUACAGAUCGUGCGAUCACGGGCGCGGGUAUCGCUUGCGGCGCCGCCGGCCGCGUCACCGAGCCCCAACACGACUGUCGCUAUGACAUAUUGAUGCGAAAAAUGCGUACGAAAAUGUAUGGUGGCAACCGAACUGGUAGCAAUUGAUAUAGAUAUAGUGUGUAUCGACUGUGUGUUGUGUGCGUGCGGGCUAUGCGAGCGGGUGUUGUGCAGUGACGGCGCCCGGGCGGCUGCCAUGGGCGCGGCGCGCCAUGCGUCUGCGCACGCGCCCGCUGCGGCUGCUCCUAGCGGCGCUGGCGCUCGCCUCGUGCGCUGCCGCUCCCGCCCCCGAGCCGCGCGCGCAGCGCUCCGCCAACCUCAGCCACAUCACCGGCACCUCGCGCACCAUACAGAUGUUCCUCAAGAAUCGAUACCUGCAGCUCCUGCCCGAUGGCACCGUCAACGGCACCACCGAAGGCAGCAGCGUUUACACAAUACUUCAGCGUGCGACGUACAAGCCAGGCCACCUCACGAUCCAGGGGGUCUCCUCGUGCCUCUACCUCUGUAUGGACAUCUGCGGAUUCCAAUACGCACAUAAGGAUCUCUCGGACGACUGCGUGUUCCAGGAACAUAUAGAGGAGAACAACUAUAACACAUAUUCGCGGAUACGGAACGGGAAGAAGACGUUUGUUGCGCUCGACAACCGCGGCAAGGCGCGCCGCACGCAGAUACCGGUGUCGCGCCCUCUCGGCAACCUCUCCACAUACGCGCUCACGCUCACCAACCGCUGGGAGGGACCCAAGCAAACCCACUGUCCGCCGCGACGGCACCGCGGGAAGCUAAAACGGCCGCCGCCCAGGCACAGAAACUGCAUGUCACGAGUACAGAAGCAAAACUCGAGGCACAAAAGGAAGCACAAGAAGGCUAACAAUCCCAAGAAGAAACAACGACACCCCAAGUCGAGGAGAAAACACGACAACGGCACCACCACCACGACGGAGAUGACGUGGGACGAGUCGACCAUGUCCACCAUGUCGACCACCACCGACGCGGAGUUUUUUCGAUCGGCGACCGCGCUGGAGGCGGUCGGUCGCGCGUGAGUCGCACGCUACUCGCGGUCGGGGCAGCCGUAGCGCUCGCACACUAGCACCGUUCCACACUUACACGUGCUUGAAUCUCUGGUAGUCGGGUCGCGGCCGGACGAAGCGAACCUUGCUUGCACCCGCCUAGAGCCUGAGCGGUCGAUGCAGGCGCGACGUUCGUGAGAUAGUUUCCAAACGGUCACACGCGACUAAAUAACUUCAGUAAACAUGUAGAUGUAUCUGUACUGCGUUUGGAUGCGGGUAGUUCGUUAAUGGUAAACGGGCAGUUGAAACAAGUCUAUAUCAUUCCUAUUUAGUGUGUUUUACAAUGUCGUGCGGCGUGGGGCGCCGCGGCGCGCCACAGUAGCAUUGCUCUCUCGAACGGUCCCAAUCACAAAUUGAUACCAGUGACUUGUUGUUUAGAUUGUCUAAAUCGUCUUCAUCAUUUCCUUUACUUCUAGUAGUUACUUAAUAAAAUACUCAUAGUGCGCGCGAGACGUGGCGUUAGAAACGAAUCGAUACAUUUAACAAUAUAAAACGAAUGAUAUUAAACUACCAAAGCUACUGAAAUUAUCUAUCUCAAUUUAUAUUCCUAGUUCGCUUUAAAACGUAGGUUUAUCGGCAAGAUUCCAAUUGUUAGUUAACUGUUACUUAUCAUGAAAUUAACUUAGAUUAACUUUAUUCGAUAAUUAAUAAAAAAAAAUGUAAAUCGUCGAGAUUAUCGUUGGGUAAGGUGGAACUGUGUUAGGGGAAGGCAAAGAUUUCUGUCAAUUAACAUUUAGCCUAAAUACUUACCGUUUCGGAAUGGCUCGCUCGUUGUCGUCACGCCGUAUAUUUUCGGAUCGCCCGUUCCACAUUAAUUGGACGUUACAGCAUUAUGUUUAUAAUAUCUGUAUCUUUUACAUCAAUUUCGUGGUCGAACUCGAAAAUAUCUAUUUAAUUAGAACCGAAUUAUUCGUUAAUGAAUUCAUUUUCAAUCGAAAACCAAUCAACACGGUUACGAUAUCAAACUUAUUAUCUUGUUCGGUAUAUCUUUAACGUUCGUACUUUUCCACUUUUACAAAACACUUUAAUAACAUUAUUCAAAUUGAGAUAUUAUCGGUAUAUUCUACUGAAACGGGACUCGAACUAAAUUUUGUCGUAUCAAGGCAUAUGCGGACGCCAUUACAUUAAUAUGAAUGUUAUACAACGAGAGGAGAUUCCGAAACGUUUUCGUACUUAGAUGACGUGUGUUGAAGGUGUAAUUUCAUAAGAAAUUGACUGAAAAUUGGACUGAGUAACGUAGUUUAUGUUGGUAUCGGCCUAGGCUAUGAUAGGAUAAUGUAGUGCGGCGGACGGCAUGCUUCUGUAUUUCUAUGAUAAGUUAAAAAUUCGACCGUUGAGGCGAGCGGACAAUGUCCACGUCGAAUUACCCCGAAAACUAGACAUUGCGGGUCCGGGGCAGUUGGCACUGGGGUGUGCAGUCCCUAUGAAAUACUAUUGCACGUUAGCGGCUAACCGCUCGCCUUGGCUUGUCAAAAAAGUAGUGAUAAACUUUAACGAGGAUGAUGUGACUAUUAGUAUGUAGUGACGAGCCUAAGGACACGGCUAGGAAGGUGCGGAUAUCUCGCAACAGCGUUACAGUCAAACAGCCUAGUGUCAAAAACAAUUACGUCGGGUAGUUACGUUCCUGUCAACGCAGUUGUAACAAAAUUCGCGCCUUUUUCGCCUUGGACCGUAGGCCAAAAACGUGUAUCUAAUUUGUAAAUUUAUUUAUUUUCCAUAGAGAAAAGUGUAUUUUGUUAACGUUUUAGUUGAUGUUUUUUUAUUAUUCUCUUGUCCCUAUUAGUUCCAACCGAAUGUAGAUAUGUAGGAUUUCAUACGCUUGUACUUUUAGUGAGCCAAUUUUAAUUGUAUUAUAUUUUUUUAAGUCUGUUCAGUAACAAUAUGUGCUUUGUAUGCGGUUUGUAUAGCGUGUAAUUGGUGCAUUUGCAAAUAUUGUGAUUGAAUGGAUUACAUACGGUAACAUUCUCUUGGUGAUGUCCCUCGCAUACAGUUGUGUACACUUGUAGCCGACGUCCCUUGGUGGCCUAGUUUCCACGUCUCGGAUAUUCGCCGAAAAAAUACAAGGUAUUUAUCUAAUUAACGCUUCUUAAAACUGUUCGGUGACGAAUCGGACUUUCAGACAAACAGGAAAUCAACGAACGAAUUUCUCACAAUGGUGAUAAUGCGAUAUCAAACGAAUAUAUUCCCAAAAAGAAGUGCGUAUCGUGUACAGUUAUUGUAAAUUCACGCAUAUACUUAAAUAGUAAUUGCCUUUCGCGAACAGGUGCAAAUGGCGACACGCGCUGUCCGUCUCUUUAAAGUGCUUUUCAUUAUGAAAUUAUCGAUUGUUAUUCACCUCAGUUCUUAUGACUUUUAAAAGUUGGGGUGAAAAUAUGUAACGCUUUAGUCCUUUACCUUUUUAAUUAAAAAGAAAUCGGACAUCCCUCUGCUCGAAUACUAUGUUAUUAAGAUAUGUUUGCUGAACGUCCAAGGGCGUCGGAUAUUUGCAACAAGCUUUAUGAUUGUACCUACGUAUGUUAUACGAAUGAUAAUUCGAUUUUAUUUAUAUGUAUGUACUACUAGGUGUCAUGAAAGCGACAUGAAAUUAUGUAUUUGAACGAAGCAUUUACUCGUCUUAAAAUAAACUUCGAUACAUAAAAAAUAUAUUACAAAUUUUUUGUCGUUUUCUUAAUAAGUCAAUAAAUUAUUAUAUCGAUUAUCUAAUUAAUUGUAAUUCACUCGUUAUUAUAUUGUAAAUUAAAAUACCAAUCGAUCUUAACGUUUAGUUUAGCAAGCAGUAUUUCGGUAUUGUAAAAGAAUAUGGUUCUCCGUUACAGUAUCUAGUUUUGUAGUUUUUAUAUUUGAUGUAGCGAAUGUAAGAAAAUUCAGAAAAAAUUGGCGAUGUUUUUUAAUCUGUACCCAUCUGUAACGCGAUGACAAUAUAAAAUGACAGAAUACAAUGAUAGCAAACUCACCUUUUUUCACUGCCAUGAAAUAAAGACUUCAAUUAUGGAUUUGUCAUCUUGUAUACAAAGUUUUUACAUGAAUGCAUUGUCUAUGGUUUCGUCUUUCAAAUAAAACGGGUAAGAAAUUGGGAAAUCCUUAAUACUGAUUUCAUUAACACAAUUACGUCAUUGUGAGUUUGCAUAGCAUCGUAUCAGUGGAGGUGUAAAAAUAUGAAUGUAAUAUUAUUAUAAUGCCCAUGUGCCAUAAUUAGACCCGCUCGGGUUGACCUACCGAAUCAUACAUUGUUGCAGUUAAUAUUUCUCAAUUUCAACACUUCAAAGGGAAAGAGGAAGAGUGACUUGAGCUUUUAAAGAAAAUUAUCUAUGGUCACGUCUUUCCGCGUCCAAAAAUAGUCUAUAAAAUGAACUCUGUGAAAUGUUUGGAUGCGGCAAGCGGUUUCUUCGGCUCUGUCACAUAUAUAUCCUAUGUAACUCUUUUUCCUUAAAAUAAGAACGUCAAGAUGAGUCAAACAGUAUUACUUAAUUAAUUUCGAUACCUUUACAAUAAUUAUUAUGAAUUAUCGUGUUUGCUUAGUGCAUUUAUGUUCAAUUUAAAAAUCAUAAAAUUUCUCAUUAAAAUAACAUUUUUGAAAUCAUGUCUCGAGAUAACUCGUCUAAAAUGGAAACAUAUUUGAAAUUCACAUUUUUUCACCCUAAUACUUAGUGCUACCAAAAGAAAGAUUGAUCGAAACAUUUAGACAAUAACUUUUUACAGCCUCUUAUACCGAGAAAUAAAUAAAAUGAUUCUAUA